UAACAGAUUUGCAAACCCACCACAUUCCACAGUCUUCUUCUUCAUCAAUAUCUGUCACACUCUUCUCUGUUUCGCUGCUGGGAAAGUGAGGAAGUGCCCGUGAAAUGGAAGAUUCGUCGUUUUUUGAUAUGAUGAUCGGUCAUCUUCGUUCAACUUGCAAGUACUAUACUGGUUAUCCAAAGUAUCUUGGACCAUCAAGGGUUAUUCAUUUUACCUCUGAGCGUGAGUUUGUCAAACUCCUUCAUGAAGGCUUUCCUGUGGUUGUUGCAUUUACUAUCAGGGGAAGUUACACACGACAUCUUGACAAAGUAUUAGAUGAAGCUGCUGCUGAGUUUUAUCCACAUGUAAAAUUUAUGCGUGUUGAAUGUCCAAAGUAUCCUGGUUUUUGUAUUACUCGGCAGAAAAAGGAAUACCCAUUCAUUGAAAUAUUUCAAAGUCCAACACAAGCUGCUAACCAGGGAAAGGUAGCUGAUCCAAAUGUUACUAAAUACAACGUGAAGGUUUUGCCUUUCCACAACGAUGUUAGUGCAUACGGAUUUAGAGAGUUCUUCAAGCGACAUGGUUUAUGGUCACCAGAUCUAAAGUAAAGAUCCAGUGGAAAGGUUUUAUCUUAUAUGUUGAAGAGUCAACCUGAUCAUACUACAUGCUUUGUCAAUCUGUAUACCAUCAAGAUUUCACACAAUUGUAUUUACCUGUAUGGUUGAUAAAUGAUAUCCAAACCUGUAAUUUGGUUAGGUUCUCGUCAAGGACAAAUUUGCUUCUUUACUUCGUUUUGGCUUAUUUCAUUUCUCCAUGGCUGAGUUAUCCACCUUACUGGAGUAAAUCUAGAAGUUGGAUAUCUGUCUCGGCAUUCAUGUGCCAAAUACUAGAUAUUAUGUAAAUGCUUGUUUGAUGUUUAUGCUUAGUUUGGGAUGUCAAUUGUUUUUGACAGGGUA